UAUUUCCUAUUUACCCGACCCCCCCCCCAAUCUGCACCCCCCUACGGUAUACGGCGGUGGGUGAUAGGAUAUUAUUUAUCCAGGCCGGGGCAUUUUUUACCCCUCUUCCGACGGAGCCUUUGUGCCCCUUACCCGAGGACGGGCGGCAUCGGCACCGUACCCUGACCCCAGGCGGACUGCACGAAGAGGACCGGAGGAUUCGGGAUGUCCUGCGGAGGUUGAACGGUGAUCCAGUGCUGAUAAGUGCCGCUACAGCAAACCUUAAACCAGCCUUUACAUUGAGUCAUUGCUCUCCUUCAUAGACGAAUCUCAAGAUGAUCACGUCAGAGCUCUCAGUGUUGCAGGAUUCCACCAAUGACACCGGUGCACCAGUACACACGGACAUGUCUGCAGUUGCCAGUGAAAUGAGUUCCGACAUUACUGAUGACAUGACAGAGGUCAAAGGCAAAAGAAAAAGGGGCCGCCCUGGAAGACCACCAUCUGCUAUUAAGAAACCACGCAAGACGCCUGGUGAAAGGAGUCGUGGAGAGCCCGGCACGCGAGGUCGGGGCAGAGCAAAUGGUCAUCCUCAACAAAAUGGAGACGGUGAUCCGGUCACCUUAUUCGAAGUAGUAAAGAUGGGAAAGAGCGCGAUGCAGUCUGUAGUAGAUGACUGGAUUGAGUCGUAUAAACAGGACAGAGACAUGGCACUACUGGACUUGAUCAAUUUCUUUAUCCAGUGUUCAGGAUGCAAAGGCACUGUAAGAAUUGAGAUGUUCCGAAACAUGCAGAAUGCGGAGAUCAUCCGAAAAAUGACUGAGGAGUUUGAUGAGGAUAGCGGAGAUUAUCCUCUAACAAUGCCUGGACCACACUGGAAGAAAUUUCGAUCCAACUUCUGUGAGUUCAUUGGCGUUCUCAUCCGACAGUGUCAAUACAGCAUAAUCUAUGAUGAGUAUAUGAUGGACACUGUCAUUUCACUGCUGACUGGCCUCUCUGACUCCCAGGUUCGAGCUUUCAGGCAUACAAGCACACUUGCAGCAAUGAAGCUGAUGACUGCACUGGUGAAUGUUGCCCUUAACUUGAGUAUUCACCAGGACAACACUCAGCGGCAGUAUGAAGCAGAGCGAAACAAGAUGAUUGGCAAGAGAGCCAACGAGAGGCUGGAGCUGCUGCUACAAAAACGAAAAGAGCUUCAGGAAAACCAGGAUGAAAUAGAAAACAUGAUGAACUCCAUUUUCAAGGGCAUCUUUGUCCACAGAUACAGAGAUGCUAUUGCUGAGAUCCGGGCAAUCUGUAUUGAAGAAAUAGGAGUUUGGAUGAAAAUGUACAGCGACGCUUUUCUCAAUGACAGCUACCUAAAAUAUGUGGGCUGGACACUCCAUGACCGGCAAGGAGAAGUGAGGCUUAAGUGUCUGAAAGCACUUCAGAGUCUGUACACCAAUAGAGAACUGUUCCCUAAGCUCGAACUCUUCACCAACCGGUUUAAGGAUCGAAUUGUUUCCAUGACCUUGGACAAAGAAUAUGAUGUAGCCGUCGAAGCAAUUCGCCUUGUUACUCUGAUCCUUUAUGGUAGUGAAGAGGCCCUGUCCAAUGAAGACUGUGAGAAUGUCUACCACUUGGUGUACUCCGCACAUAGGCCGGUAGCUGUAGCAGCUGGGGAAUUUCUGCACAAGAAGUUAUUUAGUAGACAUGACCCACAAGCUGAAGAGGCCUUGGCCAAAAGAAGGGGGCGAAGCAGUCCUAAUGGAAAUCUGCUAAAAAUGCUUGUGCUUUUCUUUCUUGAAAGUGAGUUACAUGAACAUGCUGCAUACCUCGUUGACAGUUUAUGGGAAAGUUCUCAAGAGCUUCUGAAAGACUGGGAAUGCAUGGCAGAGCUGCUAGUUGAAGAGCCAGUACAAGGGGAGGAAGUGAUGUCUGAGCGGCAGGAGACUGCACUUAUUGAAUUGAUGGUGUGUACUAUUCGUCAGGCUGCAGAAGCACAUCCCCCUGUGGGAAGAGGAACUGGUAAGAGGGUCUUAACUGCCAAGGAACGUAAAACCCAAAUAGAUGACAAGAAUAAGUUGACUGAACAUUUCAUUGUUGCACUUCCAAUGCUGCUGUCUAAGUAUUCUGCUGAUGCAGAGAAAGUGGCAAAUCUUUUACAAAUUCCUCAGUAUUUUGAUCUAGAACUUUAUAGUACGGGGCGAAUGGAAAAGCACCUGGACGGUUUACUAAAACAAAUUAGGUUUGUGGUGGAGAAACAUACAGAGGCAGAUGUGUUAGAAGCAUGUAGUAAAACCUACAGUAUACUAUGCAGCGAAGAGUACACAAUUCAGAACCGAGUGGACGUAGCACACAGUCAGCUGGUUGAUGAGCUGGCAGACAGGUUCUCGCAUGCUGUGGAGGAACUGUUACAAAAUCUAGAAGAAGCCGAUGAAGAUGAUGUAUAUAAUGUCCUAGCCUCAUUAAAACGUUUAACGUGUUUUCACAACGCUCACGACCUGACUAAAUGGGACUUUUUUGGAAAUUGUUAUCGGCUGUUGAAGGCAGGUCUGGAACAUGAAGGCAUGCUCGAGCAGCUCGGUGUCCAGGCUCUCCAGUGCUCUCACUACUCUAUAUUGUGGCAGCUGGUUAAAAUCACAGAAGGCAAUCCUUCCAAAGAAGAUAUGUUGAUGUUAAGAAGGACUGUAAAAUCUUUUCUAGCAAUCUGUCAACAGUGUCUUUCUAAUGUAAAUACGCAAGUCAAAGAGCAGGCCUUCAUGCUGCUCUGUGACCUUUUAAUGAUCUUCAGCCAUCAGUUGACAUCUGGUGGAAGGGACAACCUUUCACUGUUGAUCUUCAAUCCAGAUCUAGGACUACAAUCUGAACUGCUCACUUUUGUAAUGGAUCACGUCUUUAUCGACCAAGAUGAUGAGAACCAGAGCAUGGAAGGCGAUGAAGAGGAUGAAGCCAACAAAAUUGAGGCCUUGCAUAAAAGAAGAAAUUUGCUAGCAGCGUUUUGUAAACUCAUCAUCUAUGACAUUGUAGAUAUGCACGCAGCAGCGGAUAUCUUCAAGCACUACAUGAAGUAUUACAAUGACUAUGGAGAUAUCAUUAAGGAAACACUAAGUAAAACACGACAGAUAGACAAGAUCCAGUGUGCCAAGACCUUGAUCCUCAGUUUGCAGCAGCUGUUUAAUGAGCUGGUGCAGGAGCAAGGCCCCAACCUGGACCGGACGUCUGCUCAUGUUAGUGGUAUUAAGGAGCUGGCACGUAGGUUUGCACUUACCUUUGGUCUGGAUCAGAUAAAGACCAGAGAAGCUGUGGCCACAUUACACAAAGAUGGCAUAGAGUUUGCUUUCAAAUACCAGAAUCCCAAAGGUAUUGAAUAUCCCCCUCUAAAUCUAGCCUUCCUGGAAGUACUGAGCGAAUUUUCUUCCAAGCUUCUUAGACAAGACAAAAAAACAGUGCACUCGUAUUUGGAGAAAUUCCUGGGCGAACAAAUGAUGGAGAGAAGGGAAGAUGUUUGGCUGCCACUAAUUUCCUAUAGGAACUCGCUGGUGACGGGUGGCGAUGAAGACCGGCUGUCUGUGAAUAGUGGAGGUAGUAACAGCAAAGGCUCCUCUGUAAGAAGUAAGAAGGGCCGGCCUCCCCUGCACAAAAAGAGAGUGGAAGAUUAUGAGAGCACUAUUGACAACUCUUGGGUAACCAGGAAUGACACCAUCCAAACUCCAGGAGCACUUACCACCCCACAACUAACAUCCACAGUGCUGAGGGAAAACCCACCAAGGCAAAUGCAAGAGCAGAUGCCAGAGCAGGAGUCCGAACAUGGUUCAGAGCCAGACUUCUUACACAAUCCUCAGAUGCAGAUGUCUUGGCUGGGUCAGCAGAAACUGGAGGACUUAAAUAGGAAAGACAGAACAUCAAUGAAUUAUAUGAAAGUGCGGAGUGGUGUAAGGCAUGGAGUACGAGGUCUGAUGGAGGAUGAUGCAGAACCUAUUUUUGAGGAUGUAAUGAUGUCAUCAAGGGGGCAGCUGGAAGACAUGAAUGAGGAGUUUGAGGACACAAUGGUUAUUGAUCUGCCGCCUUCACGAAACAGACGGGAGAGGGCAGAACUCCGGCCAGACUUCUUUGACUCAGCAGCCAUCAUUGAAGAUGAUUCAGGAUUUGGGAUGCCAAUGUUCUGAGGUUCAGUACAUACCUGGAACUUUUGUUUAAAGGCCUGUAUACUGUGAGCUUCUGUAAGAAAAUUAGAAAAACAAAAAAAAGACUUUUUUAAAA